UUUGCCAAUAUUUCCCACACUGACACAGUCGUGGACCAUACUACCGAAGAAGAAAGAAGAAGGAAAUUGUGUAGAGUGUUCAAAUGAUCAGAACCUCAGGAACCCCAGUGACCUUGAGGUCUCUAACCCAAACCCUAACCUCACUCUGUUCAAACCAAACUCACCCUCACCCUCACCCUCACCCUCACCCUCAUCCCACUCUCUCUUCUUCUUCUUCUUCUUCAAUUCGCAUUUUCACGUCCCCGUACUCCUCGUCGAAGCAGAAGAAAGAGAAAGAGAAAGAGGAGGAAGGAAGCGACGUCGUAUCUCUAUUCAACAGGGACCCAGAUAGCCCUCCUCAGCUCUUCGUGGUCCAGCCCCGACUCCGACCCGAUACCUACUUGCAGGCAAAGCUCAACGAAGCUCUCUGCCUCGCGAACUCUCUCGAAGAACAGAGAGAUGGCUACUUCCUCUCCGAUUUCUUCGACAAGUCUUUGCCUCCACAUAUUCUCGUUCAAAACCCCGCUGCCAAAUCUCGCAAGCCUCGUGCUGACACGUAUUUUGGACCAGGGACAGUGGACACAGUUAAAUGCCAUCUUUAUAAUGCUGAAUCAAAGGGUGAAGUGGAUGCUGUUUUUGUAAAUACGAUACUGUCUGGGAUUCAACAGCGGAAUUUGGAGCGAGCAUGGGAUAAACCUGUACUGGACCGUGUGGGACUUAUAAUUGAGAUAUUUAAUGCCCAUGCUCAUACAAAGGAGGGGAAGCUACAGGCUGAAUUAGCAGCUCUAAUGUAUAAGAAAACAAGACUUGUUAGAGUACGUAGUGCAGAUGGACGCUUAACUUUUGGGGCAGCUGGAGAAGCUGAAGUCGUUAGUGCCCGAGGGAGAGGAAGCGGGGGGCGUGGCUUUAUAAGUGGUGCAGGAGAAACAGAACUUCAGCUUCAAAGACGAAGAAUUCUAGACCGGAGAAGUUAUCUGUUAUCUCAGAUUGAAGAGGUUCGUCGUACACAAGCUUUGCAACGUGCUGCUCGCAAGAGGCAUGGAGGCUCAGAUGGUCAGGGCUUAGCUACUGUAGCUGUAAUUGGGUACACAAAUGCUGGAAAAUCGACAUUAGUUAGUGCGCUUUCUGACAGUGAUCUGUAUAGUGAUGCUCGAUUGUUUGCGACAGUUGAUCCAAGAUUAAGAAGUGUUGUUCUUCCUUCUGGGAGGAAGGUGCUUUUUAGUGAUACAGUAGGAUUUAUAUCUGAUUUGCCUGUUCAGUUAGUGGAUGCGUUUCAUGCAACUUUGGAAGAAGUGGUGGAAGCUGACCUGCUUGUGCAUGUAUUGGACUCUACUGCCCCUAAUCUUGAUGAGCACCGGUCAACAGUGUUGCAAGUUCUUAAGCAGUUAGGGGUAUCUGAGGAGAAGCUUCAGAAUAUGAUUGAAGUUUGGAAUAAGAUUGAUUGUCAAGAAGAGGGCAUGAAUGAUGUUGAAGAUGACUUCAUCAGUUCCUCAGAAAAAGAAGAUGAUAUGGCAUCUGAUCUAUCAGCGGAAGAACCAGUUGAUGAUUAUGAUGAUGACAAUGUGUCUGAACAGUUACCAGAGUCUCUUGCAGAGACAUUGGAUGAUGAACCAGGUGAGUACUCGGAUGGCUGGCUUGAUGAAGAGACUCCUGGUGAAGAAAGUCUUUUGGGAUGGGCUCAGCAUGACCAAAAAAGCGAGUCCUCCAAAAAUUGUGUAACGGAUAAGGAUUUACAAUCCCAGUGUCCACCUGGUCCGCAUGUCAGAACAUCUGCUAUAAUGGGAGUUGGUUUUCAAGAGUUGCUUGAACUUAUUGAUGAGAAGCUAAGGAUCCAUGACAAGAAGACGAAGGCCCAAAGAGUAGUAGGAAGAGGAUUAUUUGAACAAAAAUGGAGGCCCCCUCGCACAGAGGACGAUGCCAUUGUAGUUGAGCAGUAACAUGCAUUAUCCUAUACGUUAUGUGGAUCGUACUUCUUUUCUAGCUUAAAGCUCCAUAGUCAAAAUGCCUAUUGGUACACUUAAUUGGCAACUUAAGAGAGUUCUUCUCAGCUUCAUCAUUUACAGUUAAAGCAGCUGGCUUGGGUGGUAGGAGAAACUGCUCAAUAGCUCGCCCAGUUCUCUUAAUCUGUGUAUCAAUGUCUUCCAUUUAUACCUUCUUCAGCUUCAAGCUGAGCUAGCCUUGAGAGUUCAAUUUUUCUUUUCAAUUUUGGAAACACAACAUUUAUCUAAAUUUUGGAAGCGACUUCUUUGUAUUGAGUUUUUGUACCUGUAUAAUAUUGGACUUUGGGGUGCCCAAAGUGUACAAAAACACAAUAAUAUGUUUAAAAUUCCGUACAAUUUAUUAGGCAAUAAAUUAUAAUAAGCUCUGUAGCAAAUCUUGACAUUA